AUGUUUGAUCAAGACCCACCUUUUGUAGUUGGAAACGAUUAUCACACAGCAAAGGAAAAACGAAUUAUCAAAAAAAUGCUUUUCAAUGAAGCCAAAGCUAAUUUUUCGAAUUUAAGCACUUUUCGCAUGUCUUAUUAUCAAUGUGUGCAUUCAGCUCUUGCUGAUCAGGGGCUGCAAGGCAAAGAACUUGAUAAAAGAAUCCUUCAAUGCAAAAUCCCAGUAGAAGAAGUAAAAAAUUAUAUUGAUAGGACAAACCAACAUGCAAGAAUCAAGGUAAAGCGAUGCAUUAAAUCUAAGAGAGAUUGAGAAAGACAAUGGGGUGGAGAUCUUGCUAAAGAAGAAAUAGAUGAAUGGGAGUGCAUAAAUAGAUAUCAUAGACGAUAUUUAUAUUACUAUCCAGGUAUCCGAGACAAACUAAGCUAUUAUAUUAACCUUUCUCGUUUAGCAUCCACAAUUUGGUUGUCUCUUCUACAGCUGCUUUUAACGCUAAAAUCGAGCAAUAUUCCUCCAAACCCUUCAAGGUGUGGCCACCUUGACCUUGCUCACAAUGAGGAGGUCAGUCUUAAAGUUUGGCUUCGAUGACUCUUCUUUGAGUUCAAGCAACCUACUUGAGUACGUUAGGCGCCCAAAAGGUCUUUAGUCUUUACCGCCUGAAGUAGGUGGCACACUUUCAGAAAUUUCGAUUCUCAAAAGUCAGGAGAAUGAUCCGAAAAACCCUUAACACUUCCUUCCUUGACCUAACUGGAUAAUUUCAAUGGGUGAAACCAAACCUCAUACAAAAUUAUACAAAAUUGCAAAUCUAGAAAAUUCAAGCAGCGCCAUAUUUGAUAUAUUUGAUUGACGAACUAGUAAACAAAAUAAACAUAACAUAA